CUGGUUCCGCUCCCAAAACCCAUCAUUUCCACCUAUCUAACUUGUCCUUAUCAACGCGAAAAGGUGAAACCCACAUCUUACUCAAUCACCUUCGCAAAUCAAAACUUGACCAUCAGUUCCAUCCCAACCUGCGCUUGGUCUAAACCUGUCCACUUUCCUAAUUAACUUUCAAUACGUAAACAAGAUGUGCGUAAUGUUGCUGAGUACAUUGGUGGUACUAAUAACCGUGGGUACUAAUGCGGCCCAAAAAGAUAUGGGUGUCGCUCCCGAUGAUUUAAAGAUUAAAGAAGAUUAUACGCAUUUUCACCACCACCACCACCAUCACGGAUUUCAUAAUUAUUUUGAUAAUGAUGAUGAGAUGGGUGAAGUGGAGGAAAACAGUCAGAGUGAGGGGGCUAAUGGGACAUCUCAGAUUCCCUUGGAUUUCAUCCAAGACCUCAACCAACACAACGUCAGCGACUUAUUACUAAAUUACAUAGAAGAAGACGGUAUUUUCCUUCAAGAUAGGUUUGGGGGAAAUGAGGCAGAAGAAAGAAGUGCUGCUACUAUCCCAAAGGGGGCACCUUGCAUGCCUGAACUACAGACAGUAAAAAUAGCAACUUCUGAAGAUCCAAGUGUUUUGUAUAUCCCUCAGUGUACUAGGGUAGAAAGAUGUGGGGGCUGUUGUUCUCAUAAUCUCUUAGCAUGUCAACCAGAAACAAAAGAAGAAAUCCCUUUCAAGGUCAUUAAAACGCAAUAUACAGGAGGUAAAAAAUUAAAAGUCUUAAAUAAGGAAGUUGUUUUGGUUGAAAAACACACAAAAUGUAAAUGUGAUUGUAAAAUCAGAGCUGAGGAUUGUAACAAAUUUCAAGAGUACAGAAAGUCAGAAUGUAGGUGUGCCUGUAUAAAUUAUGAUGAAGAGAAAAAGUGUAACAAAAACAGUUUGACCAAAUUAUGGAACCCUGAUUUAUGUGCAUGCCAGUGUAGAGAAACAAUGCAGUGUUCCACUGGCUCAUAUUUUGACCAAAACGAAUGUAAAUGUUUGCCAAGUCCUGUGAAAAGACGUUUUGCCUCCUACCAAAGGAGGAGCUACAGAACGCAGCCUUUACCAAUAGUGCCCUUAGAUGAGUAUUAGUUAACGAUUUUGUGCAAAAUUAAACUCCAAAAUUGCGCCCAAGUUCCAAAAACAAACUUUGUUUUGUCGUCCAUUUAAAUGACUUACCACAAUGUGCAAUUAGCUUGACAGCUUUCGAUUUCUCAUUAAUUCAAUAUAUUUUUUAAACAAAUAAACAUUUUUACCAACGGUCA